AUGGAAAUCAAGGGCAUAAAGAGUUGUCUUGAAUGUGAUCCCAAAUACUUUAAGGAUGUGAUUUGGCUACUGGAUGGCUUGGUGCCCCAAAAUACUCCUUCACGAAAAUUUUUCCUUGACCGGCAGCUCCAAGAGUUGAGGGGUGUAAGCACCAGGGUCCACCAAGGGAAGAAGAGACUGCGGUUGUUGGGUGAGGGAUGCCUGGGAAGUGGGGUCACUCCCCCUCCUACCCACCUACCAGAUGUCCGCCAAACUGUCCAAGUGAGAGAAUGGUUGAAAGAGAAGCUCAGCAACCUAAAACAGAAGCCUUGGAAAGGGGUCUUCAUAUUCCAGGGCCAGCUUCUUGAACUUCGUCAGGAACUUGAAUUCCAUCUGACAGAAACUUUAAAGACCUUCUCUGAUCUUGCUUGUUCUGAAGAUUGCAUGAUGACUGAGGGUCCUGUUCUUGACUGCUGGAACUGUCUACGGAUCACCACACCAUGCUUCAAAGGAGAACUUUGUGGCGAUGAUGACCCAAUGGUAGCUCAGCAACGAGAAAUUUCAUUGUUUUUAGCAUUGAUGAUGGAGGCAGUGGGGUUGGGAUCUAUUGCUUUACUAGCUGAUAGACUUCCUGACACUCUGCUUAUUUCUCCCCCACCUUAUGAAGCUUCUCUUGACUCUGAUGAGCUUACUAGUGCUCAACCCACACCACCUCCUCCACUCAAUACUAACAGCAGGGUUACAACCAGCCUAACCCUAGAAGAGAAAGCAGAUAAAUCAGCUUCUUCAACAGAAAUUAGAGAUAAUCCUGAGAAUGCAGAAGUGAAUUUAGAAAAGUAG